AUGGACUCUGAGUCAUUGGAUCGGUGUCUCCAGACGGCGCUGUCCGCUCUGUACCCGCCGUUCCAGGACACGUCUCCCACUGUCCUCUGUCAGGUCCUCACUGUUGUGGAGCGCUGUUACCGCGGCGACGGCCUACGUUACCUGCUGCACUUCCUGCUCCCUGCCAAACAGUUCCUCCAGGGCCUCCAGCAAGAUGCCUGCUUGCCGUACUGUGGUCUGCUCUUCCGUCACGAGGGCUGGCCACUGUGCCUUCACGACAAGAUAGUCAUCCAACUGUGUCACCUGGACCAGUGCCUGCUCCGGCCGGGGGACUUCUACCUCCUGGUCUCCCCUUCCUCGUCCUCCUCCUCUGCCUCUUCGUCGCGUCACUGCUCGCCCACCCCACGCCUCCUCCUUUGCAGCGUCUCCACCACCAGCCGACAUGUGGAAGAGCAGGAGAUUCCAGAGCUAGCCCUCAGCUCGAUCUUCACUAUGGCUUGGCUGGACUCUGUCAACCGUGACCGCGAGCAAAGGGGGGUGUCCAAAAUGGAGAGACUGCUGCUCUCUGCUCACGGGGACGUUUUCCGAGUGCCGUGGGAGGAUCUCGUCUACCCUCAGUUCGUCAGCCGACCAAGAACUUCGCUAAAAGAUGCAUCUAUGAAGGACAGUAGAUUUAACUCGUCUUUUGAACGAGAUACAACGGAAGAAAAGACUUUGUUGUGUAGUUUGGAGCGAGAAACGACAUCGCUGCCGUGUCGGGCUGACCAGUGUACGCCAAGCAGCGACGAAUCUGACUCAGAGGGGGAAUACGUGGAGUUGGCUGACUUGCCCUUGCCACGGUUUUCGCCACAAAAAGGCUCGCUCACGCAGCUCAUCAGCCAGCAGCACAAAGCACGCACUACAAGCUCACAAUCCCCAGCCACGCAAACGGUUCCCACGAAUAUUCAAAGCACUCCAAAACACUUAUCAACAUCAAAAGACUCUCUCAGCUCAUGCACAGAGUCGAAACACAAUGAUUCAAAGACGGUUGUGGAAGUGGACAGCUCUGGAGUUGUCAAUGGACCCGUUAUUCUUAAACCCAUGGAUCAACCCUCCACUGGUGAGACGUCUUUUGGUGAGAAGAGUCUAAAAGAAGUGAAUGUAGAUUUGAUUGAACACCGGAAGGAUGUAGCGACUGUUAGUAGAAGUCUAGAGGAAGAGGAGGAGGUUGAGUUGAGUGGCAGAAACGCUGGAGACAAUGGAGAAGUGGUGCUUGAAGCUGAAUUUGAAAGACUUGAGACGCAAAUAAAGGGAGUAGAAGAGGCGCCGGUGAAUUUACAUACACCAAAGACUGAAGACGGUGUUUUCAACUCGAGGAAAGGACUCAACCCUAAAGUCCCCACUGAAGGUCUGCAUGCAGUCCACUCAAACACUGCUCUGAUUAAUGGCUUAGUCCCAGAAUCAUCCAAACCGCCAUCUGAGCUUCCAUCUGAGCUUCCAUCUGAGCUUCCAUCUGAGCUUCCAUCUGAGCUUCCAUCUGAGCUUCCAUCUGAGCUUCCAUCUGAGCUUCCAUCUGAGCUCCAGUCUGUGGGUCUGCAGCGGUCUCCCCAGUCCAGGUUCAACAAAGUCCUGCUGAGCUCCGGAGCAAUCUGUCUGCCUGGAUCCAGAGACCGAAGUGGGCGAGCAUUGGUGACUGUUAAUCCUCGGAACGCUGUGUGGUCCAGUCCAGACUGUGACAGUGCGGAACUGCUGCAUGUGCUGCUCUACUACCUCUCCACUCUCAGGAAGGAGGUGCAAUCCCUGGGUUUGACCGUUCUGAUGGACGUCCGAAGAGCGCCCUCUCUGCCCGCUCUGUAUACUGCACUCCGGUCUCUACAGGAGGGAACCCCCGGCUCUGUCCAUUCUGUUCUGUUGUUGAUCAAUAAAGACUCACCGGUUCGACUGGACAAACCGUCUUCUCUGCAGGUGGAGAUGUUGUACUCCAUGAAGUCUCUGCAGAAACACGUGGAUCUGAGGCAGCUCCCGCUGGACUUUGGAGGCUCCUCCCACUUCAGCCAGAGCAGCUGGCUCCACUACAGAGCGAGAGUGGAAAACCUGACGAAUCAGUGCAACAAUGUGAUCAGCCUCCUUCAGAAAACCAUCCACAUCCUGGAGUCCACGCCGCUGCCCUCUGACGCCAACAAUGCUGAGCAGCUGUCGUCAAAAUACAAGGCAGUGAUGUGCAGCAUCCUUCAGGACAGCCGAUUGGUCCAGCUGCAGCGGGAGGGCGGGGCUUCACUCUCCAGUCUGCGGAGAGACGAGAGCAGCCACUGUGCCACUGACGACUACAGAGCGGCUGUGGAGGCCGUGUCCUCGCUGUACGAUCAGGUGGACGAGCUGCUGCAUCACCUCGUCACUCUGUCCAACUCCAAAACACAAGAGAUCAGCUUUAUUCUGGAGUUCGCUGCACUGGAGUCUGGGUUCAAUGAGGUACGGCAGUGGCUGGAGGAGGAGGGAGAGGUCCACCUGAAAAAGCUGGAGGAACCCGAGGAUUCCCUGGAGCAGCUCCGCAGAAAACAGAGAGACUACAAGGACUUCUGCCCGACUGCUUGCGACUGGUGCAAUAAGGGCCAGAGCCUCCUGAAGCGCCUGGAGCACUGGGACAAUAUCUCCUCUGCUGAGCUCCAGGCCUACGAGACCAGAGUCCACAGCUUCUGGGCCCAGCUCCAGGAUUUCUCCAAGAGAGUCACCGCCACAGGCUCUAACAUCGAUCGUGCUGUUUGCCUCUACAGCUUCUUGGACCAGGCCUACGGCUGGGCCCUGGCCGGAAUGCGUCACUUAGCCAGCGUCAGUAUGGAGGACUGCUCUCUGCCAGAGAAAUGCCCCGCGGUGAUCGGCUGCCUGGAGGAAUACAACCGUCUGCACCCUCCCAUCGCCGAGGCGCACUUCCAGGAGAUGCGCACGCUGGCGGGGGAGCUGCGGGGGGAGCGUGGCCUCCGACAGUGGAGUUUCGCCUGGGCCAAAUGCCAGGAGACUAAAAAAAUGUUUGACCGCAAAAUGGAGGCGGCUCUACGGACUCGAGACUCUGCUCAGAGACGCAGAUCUGACUGCGAGCAAAGCAGAAGCGUGCCUAGUUUUUCCAGAAAGUCCCUGUCCGGGCUUUGGGGCACGAAAGACCUGCCUCAGAUGUCCCCGAACCAAAACGAGGACGCGGUUAGCACCUGCUCCUCUACUCCCUCACCACCGCGAAACACUAGUGUCACUCCGGUCACCUCCACGCCGCAACACACUCCGCUGCUGCAAAGACUCUUCAGAAACCCGUUUGACGAGACCAGAGAUUUGUUUGAAGUCCCGCCUUCGCCCGCUCCGAGCCUCCAGCGCCUGGACUCGUCGGCCAGUUUCAGCUCCAGCGUGACUUCGCCGUCUGUCUGCUCCUCCUCCUCCUCCUCCUUCGCCUCCCCCUUCUCCCAGCUCGGCAGACGGCAGCAGCUGAGGAAGACCCAGAGUUUUGACUGCCCGCCCACUCCGGAGGCAUCGCGCUACGGAGCCAGUCCCAGGACCCUGAGCGAGCCGGCUCGGCGGGGGAACACGGGGGUUUUCAUAAAGGGUCUGGAGGUGUCAAGCACAGAGGCCGCCGACCGCACGCUCUGCCCCAGGACGGGAGCUCAGAGCUGGGGAGGACCGGCCACACGCAGCCCUAGCUCACAGAGCAUCAACAGUGUGAGCAGUGUGAGCAGUGUGGAGCAGCGGCCCAGAGGAAGUAAACUGCGUCACAUUGUGGAGGAGAUGGUGACCACGGAGCGCGAGUACGUGCGCUCACUGCGGUACAUCAUCCACCACUACUUCCCGGAGAUGGAGCGCGCCGACGUGCCCCAAGACCUGCGGGGCAAGCGCUCUGUGGUGUUCGGGAAUCUGGAGAAGCUGCUGGACUUCCAUCACCAGUUUUUCCUGAAGGAGCUGGAGGCCUGCUGGAGACACCCGCUCAGAGUGCCCCACUGCUUCCUGCGGCACCAGGAGCAGUUCGGCCUCUACGCGCUCUACAGCAAGAACAAGCCCAAGUCGGACGCGCUGCUGGCCCACCACGGCCACUCCUUCUUCAGGCGAAAGCAGGCCGAGCUGGGGGACAAGAUGGACCUGUCCUCCUACCUGCUCAAGCCAGUGCAGCGGAUGAGCAAGUACGCGCUGCUGCUGUCCGACCUCAUCAAGGAGGUGGGCGUGUCUCAGUCUCAGGAGGCGGAGCUCGCCACGCUGCACGCUGCCACGGACAUGGUGAAGUUCCAGCUGCGCCACGGCAACGACCUGCUGGCCAUGGACGCCAUCCGGGACUGUGACGUGAAUCUGAAGGAGCAGGGUCAGCUGAUUCGUCAGGAUGAGUUCACGGUCUGGAGCGGCAGGAGGAAAAGUCAGCGUCACGUGUUUCUGUUCGAGGACCUGGUUCUGUUCAGUAAACCCAAACGCAUGGAGGGCGGCCUGGACGUAUUCAUCUACAAACACUCUUUCAAGACAGCGGACGUGGGUCUGACUGAGUCCACCGGGGACGACGGACUGCGGUUCGAAAUCUGGUUCCGCCGCAGGACCGCCAAGAACCAGACGUUUCUGCUGCAGGCGGCGACAGCAGAAGUCAAACACAACUGGACCAGCGACGUGGCACGACUGCUCUGGAACCAGGCCACACGCAACAAAGAGAUUCGUCUGAAGGAGAUGGUGUCGAUGGGCGUCGGCAACAAACCGUUUCUGGACAUUAAGCCGAGCGACGCAGCCAUCAGCGACCGCGCCGUGCACUACAUCAUGAAGAGCAGAGGCGCCCGGACCAGAGCAUCGAUAGCCGUGUCCGUGUUCGACCACUCCAGCCCCUUCAAGAGAUCUGGUACCGCUGACCCCUCUGCUGCAGCGGGCUCCUCCUCCAGCCUCCUGGGACCCCUCAACCUCCACGUGUUCAGUCGAACACUGCCCCCUGCUGGAUCCACGGAGGGAUCCUUCAUAAACUGCAUUGAAGAAGACGAGCAGGAGCACGAGACCAGCAGCCAGCCUUCCAUGACCACAGAGAGUUCCGGGUCGUCGUCGCGCUGCCUCUCCGGAUCCACAGGCUCGGACAGCGGCUGUGUCUCUGCUCACCUGCAGGAGGCGCUGCAGGAGGAGCCCAACCCGAGCCAGACCUCCUCUUCCUCCUCAUCUCACCCUCCUCCUCCCAGCAAACACCUCAGCCCCUACAUUUCAGCUAACGCAGGUCCAGUCAUCAGUCCAGCGACCACAGUGUGA